GACAGCCCCCAGACCCGGUCUUUGCUAGGAGUAUUUGAAGAAGAUGCUGCUGCAAUUUCCAAUUACAUCAAUCAGUUAUUUCAAGCCAUGCACAGAAUAUAUGAUGCACAGAAUGAAUUAAGUGCAGCAACUCAUCUGACUUCAAAACUUCUGAAGGAAUAUGAGAAACAGCGUUUUCCACUAGGGGGAGAUGAUGAAGUUAUGACUUCCACUCUACAGCAAUUUGCAAAAGUGAUAGAUGAGCUCAGCUCUUGCCAUGCAGUACUUUCAACUCAACUUGCAGAUGCAAUGAUGUUUCCUAUUACCCAGUUUAAAGAAAGGGAACUAAAAGAGAUAUUAACUCUAAAAGAAGUUUUCCAAAUUGCAAGCAAUGACCAUGAUGCUGCCAUUACCAGAUACAGUCGGUUGUCAAAAAGAAGGGAAAAUGAAAAGAUCAAGGCUGAAGUUACAGAAGAUGUGUAUACUUCAAGGAAAAAACAGCAUCAGACUAUGAUGCAUUAUUUCUGUGCAUUAAAUACUCUUCAGUACAAAAAGAAAAUUGCUAUGCUAGAACCCUUGCUAGGAUACAUGCAAGCUCAGAUAAGUUUUUUUAAAAUGGGUUCAGAAAAUCUUACUGAGCAAUUGGAAGAAUUUUUGACCAAUAUUGGCACAAGUGUACAGAAUGUUCGCAGGGAAAUGGAGUGUGAAGUAGAAAACAUGCAACAAACUAUUGAGGACUUGGAAGUAGCUAGUGAUCCACUGUAUUUGCCUGAUCCUGAUCCUAUGAAAUUUCCUGUCCAUAGAAAUCUAACACGGAAAGCUGGCUAUCUCAAUGCAAGAAAUAAGACAGGGCUGGUGUCUUCCAGUUGGGAGAGACAGUUUUACUUCACUCAAGGUGGAAAUCUGAUGAGCCAGGCAAGAGGUGAUGUAGCUGGGGGACUUGUCAUGGAUAUAGACAAUUGUUCUGUAAUGGCUGUGGACUGUGAAGACAGACGGUACUGUUUUCAGAUAACAUCUUUUGAUGGCAAAAAGUCUUCAAUCCUACAGGCAGAGAGUAAAAAAGAUUAUGAAGAGUGGAUAUGCACCAUAAACAACAUAUCUAAACAGAUAUAUCUAAGUGAAAACCCUGAGGAAAUUGCUGCACGUGUAAAUCAGUCAGCUCUGGAGGCUGUUACUCCAUCUCCUUCCUUUCAGCAGAGGCAUGAGAGCAUGCGGCCAACUGUACAAUCUCGUCCUCCUGCAGCUCGGACUAGCAGCACAGGGUCACUGGGAUCCGAAUCAGCAGCUUUAUCGGCACUUUCCUUGGAUUCACUUGUUGCCCCUGACACUCCUAUACAGUUUGACAUAAUAUCUCCAGUUAGUGAAGAUCUGCCUGGUCAAGCAAAAUCUUCAGGGCAGUCGGGCAGACGCACAAAUCCUUUUGGUGAAUCUGGAGGCUCAAAAUCUGAAACAGAAGAUUCAAUUCUUCACCAGUUAUUUAUUGUAAGAUUUCUUGGUUCUAUGGAGGUGAAAUCUGAUGAAAGUCCAGAUGUUGUUUAUGAAACAAUGCGACAAAUACUAGCGGCUCGUGCCAUCCAUAACGUUUUCAGGAUGACAGAAUCACAUUUAUUAGUCACUUGUGACUGUUUAAAGUUAAUUGAUCCACAGACACAAGUUACAAGACUACGAUUUCCUUUGCCCAAUGUAGUCUUGUAUGCUACGCACCAGGAGAAUAAGCGCCUUUUUGGAUUUGUGCUUAGAACUUCAGGAGGGAGAGUUGAGAGCCGCCAAACUUCCAUCUGCUAUAUAUUUGAAUCAAAUAAUGAAGGGGAAAAGAUAUGUGACUCUGUUGGACUGGCAAAACAAAUAGCUUUUCAUGCAGAACUGGAUCGAAAAGCAUCAGAAAAGCAGAAAGAAAUAGAUAGAGUCAAAGAGAAGCAACAAAAAGAACUGAACAAACAAAAACAAAUUGAAAAGGACUUAGAGGAGCAAAGCCGGCUGAUCGCUGCUUCCAGCAGAUCGAACCAGAGCAGCGGAGAAGGACAGUUUGUAGUCCUUAGCAGCAGCCAGUCGGAAGACAGCGAUUUAGGAGAAGAUGGAAAGAAGAAGAGAGAAUCUGAAGCCUAAGGUUGCCUACUUGAUUAAGAUUGGCAUCAUGGAUAUGUCAGGUGAAAUGGCACAAGUUCUACAAGAAGUGAAAUGUAGGUGGAGGGUCUGUUGUUAUUAAAGGACUUCACAAUAUGUAGACCCUAUUCUGCCUUGAUUUUUCUUUCUCAAUUAAGUGAUUUCCAUUUUCCUGUCAGUACAGUUUCUCUUCUGAAUGCAGAUGAAGCAUGGUGAUGGUACCAUGUUUAUUACAAAGUUAUGUUUUCUCAAGGCUUCUCUGCAGUAUGGAAAAAAACUGUGGGUUUUUUUUCCCAACUUACCUCUCUGUGCAAUUGACUGCUCUUGAAGCAAAACUUAAAACUCUCAUUGGACUUCAGCAGUACACUGAAAUUUGUUCUUUACACUGCAGUAUGGAGAACAACUUGCUGGAAACAAAAGUGGAUGUCUAAAUAAGACAGUGCUAAGCUUUACCUAAUUUGUUGCACAUAACUGUUCUUAGAUUUAGAAAGAAAAAUCCUUAUUAACAUCAGUGAAAUGUGCAAUAGUUCUUGACAGAAAGAUCUUAUUUUUUUGUUUCAUAUUGCACUGUGUGAUACUGUCUUGAUUUUUUUGGUGAAUAUGAUGCUGAAAGACUUCUUUCAACAGGAGAAGAAAUACUGUCAGACCUAGAGAAGAGCUGAUGAGAUGCAGUUGCACUUUGCUGCAUGAGGAAUGUAUAAAGCAUUCCUUAUCAAAUGAUAAGAAUAAUGUAUAUAUUCUUGUAGCACAAGUGCCAUGUUCUUGAUUUUUCCCCAGUACAUGUAAUAAAAUGCUGUAAGCCUUUGAGUUCACUUUUUAUAAAACACACUUUAGAGUUGCAGAAGCAUCUUGAAUUCCAUGUUUGAAAAAAUCUUCUGAAUAUGUAAAUGCCUUGCCACCGGUACACUACAGUUACUGAAAAUGAGCUGAGGCUCUUUAAGGCUCUUUAUGGAAAUUGAUUUUGCAAACAGAAUAUACUAGUUCUGAAGUAAGAGACUAUGCUAAUCCUCCAUUCUAGAGUCAAUCCCGUAAAGCAUUUUUCAAAGCAGUGUCUGUUUACAGUUUAUAAUCUGAACUCCAUAUUCCAUACCCUGUGUAAUAUUUAUUUUGUAUAGUACUAAAUGUGCAUUCACCUUUAGAUCCAGAAGAGAAAACUUGUUUGAAGAGAAAUAUUUAUUUUUGCACUAAUAACUAUAAAUACUAAAAUCCAGUGGAACAGAAGAUACUCUCUAAUAGUGGCAUGAACAUAACAGGAAAUAUAGAAAAAGAAGAAUAUACCUAUACUCCAAGUUAUAAUAUCACAGUUAUGAGUUUUACAGUUCAUUGCAGGGCAAUUCUGGUGUCCAGGAAUGGAAUCAAUUUUCAGAGUAUCUCCCCCUCAGCUGAUGAUGGCCCAGCCCUUCAUAGCGGGUAAGCAGGUGAGGGAUCUCUGGCCGUCUGCGAGGUGGCUGUAGGGCUCUCCUCGUGCCCAGGAGUGGCCUGGCAUGGGCUGGAGGCCUCACUCCCCUCCUGCUCUUUAGGCUGGAGAUGUGGAUUUCUACACAGCAGGUCCCUGGGCCUGGCUCCUCCCAGGGCUGGGAAGGGUGGAGGCCUGGGUAGGACCUGCCGAGGCUGCUGCCCGGGGGCUGCUACUGCAGCAGGAGCCAGAGCAGCUGGGGAGGAGGCGAUGCUGGCCCCAGGUGUCCUUGGGCAGCCUCGGCAGGGGUCUCAGUCCCCCUACCUGAAAAGAGGAGCAGGAGGGGAGGCUGAGCAGCAGAGAGCCUCCAGGUUCUCUUCCCCAGUUAGCAACUCCUGUUCCAGUACACUUUUCAUCCUCCUCAGAGUAGCGAGUCAAUUGCAGAAAUACCUGCUUUUGCUGUUGCCCGGUUAGGCCAAAUGGCAUUGCCCUGUGGCCAGACUUGGCUAGCACACUGUCACGUGGACCAGACAAAUCUGAGGCUUUUCUCUAAAAAGAGUGGCAUUUUAAUUUCAUACAUAGUCUUCUAUUCUCAGCUUUUAUUCUUAAGAGACUGUUUUUAUCCUUGCCAACAGAAAACUACAGAGGCAGCAAAUCCAACAUUUUCCCUUUUUGUGCCUAAAUCCAGGCUUACAGGUAGUUGCAUGGCAGCCAGUUUCUCUCUACAAAUCCUUCCAGUUCGUGUUUCUUUCUUGUUUGUUUGUUUGUUUUUACUUACUGAUAUUUCUGUUUUCUAUCAAAUAAUGACAGCAUAGCUCAAGGUUGCUGUGUCUUACUAUAUCUCCCUCAAGUACAUGCUGAAGAUCAAGUAGUUUUGAAACAGCACAGGAAGAAUAUGAAGUCGGUGGUCUCCAGUUUCUAGAAUCUAGUCCCCCAGCUUGGCAGAGUAAGAGUUGAUUAACGUGUUAACCAGGUUAGCUGCUAUAGCCCGAGCUCCGUAGGGAAGACAGUUAAUGCAUCAGCAAUCUCAGCAAAAAGCAUUUCAGAAGUGUAGCCUCUUUUGCAUUAGCCUUGUUGAAGAAAUGCCAGAAAAUUGAGUUACUUGAUUUUUUUCUUGAAGCCUACCAUUACUGUUUUAGACAUAAAUCUGCAAAGAGGAGGAAGAAAGCAGGAGAAUAAAGUUGGCAGAUGAAUUUACUGUCAUAUGGGAUUUUUCAGAUUUAGCAAUACAUGAUUGGAAUUAUUCCAUUUGCUUGUCAUACUUUCCAUCUAUGCUGUUAAAUGUAGUUUUCUAAACCAGACAGCAUAGGAGUGAAGUGCGUUUCAUUUGUGUUGGAUGAUUCUCACCUUAACCACUAAAAAAAAGGAGAAAUGAUUGAAGAGAGUGGUUAAAGAAAACAGUGAUAUGCAUGAAUGAAAUGAGGGUGGUGUUUUUGCUUACUUAGGGGAGUUUCACUGGUGUUAAUAUGAGCUAAAAGAUGUAAAAGCAUCUGGGGGAGUGCUGAAAGCUGCAGGAGCAAAUGGCAGGUCAGAAGAGAUGAGGAAGUUAAAGUUGAGAACGGUGCAAGGAGUUAGCAGUGGGGUGAGAAUUGUGGAGUGCUGCUGAAGGGGAGGAGCACAUGGCUCUGUAAGUAGACUGACCUUAAGGCAAAAAAUAGCUGCUGAGGUUUUAUCCAUGUCCUUCUCCCCAAAA